GCUGGGGCGGCAGCCGGAGCGGCGGGGACGGGCCUGGCGCCGGCGGCGGCGGAGGGGGCGCCGCGGGCGGGCGAUGUGAGCGCGGCGCUCUCGGCAGGUAUACAUUUAUCAAGGUGGAGAAAUGAGUUGUGGAUUUCUACAUGUCUCUGGAUCCUUUCAGUUGAAGCACUUGUUGAAAAUCUGACUGCUGAAUUUAGCUUAGUGAAGGUCAUCAACUGAAUGCAGUUUUAAUAUCUAAUGGUUAUUUUCUGGUUGAUAUUGAUGGCACGGAAAACCUCACGGAAGAAAGCAAUUCAAGAUUGCGCUUCAUGUCAGUAGAAAUGGACAGCAGCAGUUUUAUUCAGUUUGAUGUGCCCGAGUACAGCAGCACUGUUCUGAGCCAGCUAAACGAACUCCGCCUGCAGGGGAAACUAUGUGACAUCAUUGUCCACAUUCAGGGUCAGCCAUUCCGAGCCCACAAAGCCGUCCUCGCUGCCAGCUCCCCCUAUUUCCGGGACCAUUCAGCAUUAAGUACCAUGAGUGGCUUGUCAAUAUCCGUGAUUAAAAAUCCCAAUGUGUUUGAACAGUUGCUGUCAUUUUGUUACACUGGAAGAAUGUCCUUGCAGCUGAAGGAUGUUGUCAGCUUUCUGACCGCCGCCAGCUUUCUUCAGAUGCAGUGCGUCAUUGACAAGUGCACGCAGAUCCUGGAGAGCAUCCAUUCAAAAAUCAGCGUUGGAGAUGUUGACUCCGUGACUGUCGGCGCUGAGGAGACAACCGAGAGUCGUAAUGGAGUUAAGGACAGCAGCUUCUUUGCCAACCCGGUUGAGAUCUCCCCUCCGUAUUGCUCUCAGGUACGGCAGCCCACCACGAGCAGCGACCUUCGGAUGGAGACAACGCCCAGCAAAGCUCUGCGCAGCCGCUUACAGGAGGAAGGGCACUCGGACCGAGGGAGCAGUGGGAGCGUUUCCGAGUACGAGAUUCAGAUAGAGGGGGACCAUGAGCAAGGGGACCUGCUGGUGAGGGAGAGCCAGAUCACCGAGGUGAAAGUGAAGAUGGAGAAGUCGGACCGGCCCAGCUGUUCCGACAGCUCCUCGCUGGGGGACGACGGGUACCACACGGAGAUGGUGGACGGGGAGCAAGUUGUGGCAGUGAACGUGGGGUCGUACGGCUCCGUGCUGCAGCAUGCCUAUUCCUAUUCCCAAGCAGCCUCACAGCCAGCCAGCGUCUCCGAAGCUUUUGGAAGUUUGAGUAAUUCCAGCCCGUCCAGAUCCAUGCUGAGCUGUUUUCGAGGAGGGCGCGCGCGCCAAAAGCGGGCUUUGUCCGUCCACCUGCACAGUGAUCUGCAGGGCUUGGUGCAGGGUUCCGAUAGCGAAGCGAUGAUGAAUAACCCCGGGUACGAGAGCAGUCCCCGGGAGAGGAGUGCAAGAGGGCACUGGUACCCAUACAAUGAGAGGUUGAUCUGUAUUUACUGUGGGAAGUCCUUCAACCAGAAAGGAAGCCUUGACAGGCACAUGCGGCUCCACAUGGGCAUCACCCCCUUUGUGUGCAAGUUCUGUGGGAAGAAGUACACGCGCAAGGACCAACUGGAGUACCACAUCCGGGGCCACACCGAUGACAAACCAUUCCGCUGUGAGAUCUGCGGCAAGUGCUUUCCAUUCCAAGGUACCCUCAACCAGCACCUGCGGAAAAACCACCCUGGCGUCGCCGAAGUCAGGAGUCGCAUCGAGUCCCCCGAGAGAACAGAUGUGUACAUGGAACAGAAACUAGAAAAUGAUGCAUCGGCCUCAGAGAUGGCCCUAGAUUCCCGGAUGGAAAUUCACACAGUGUCUGAUGCUCCUGAUUAAGAUGGUAACGAAGUGCACCCAAACAAAGCACAUUAAUCAAUGCAUAUUUGUGAUUUGCUUUGUUGUAAUCUUUGGUUUUCCCAACCAUCUGGAAAUCUCUCGGUCUCUUGGCAGUUUUUCGAAGGUUUCUGGAAGGAACACUUCAUUGUGUUUAUCCUUUCCCCCUGCCCUCCCCCUCCCAAGGAGCUCAAAGCAUGAAGGGCAACGUAUCCAGGGAAAACACAGGCUGACAGUAUUCCUCUUUGGCUGAACUCUUAAUCCAAAAUCUGCCAGUGAUUUAGCUAUGCCAACUGGUUGACCCUACAUUCUCUGCCAAGAGGCAUACUCUCUUCGUUGUGUGCACUCUGGCACUGGUGCAUUUCCAUGGAGAGAGACCAGGAUGCCGUCAGCUGAUACAAAUGGGUAACCUUUUCUAAUUUAAAAUUACUUCUAGGGGGUAGUUAGACAAUUUAUAUAUAUAUAUAUAAUAAAGCGAUUAUUAUAUAUAUAGUAUAUAUACAUUCUCAAAUUUGAUUUUAUUCUGGUUGAGGUGAAUGUACGAGGAAUAUAUAAUUUAAUACAAUGUGAACAGGGCUUUUGACUCUGUCUCGUCCCUACCUGAUGUUAGGGUUUUGCCCCUUUAUUUCCCUUACAAAAGAAUGUUCAUAGGUUUUCAUAUAUAGUAAUCAUUGUGUCCAAAAGCAAGCAAAGCAAAUCACAGUGUUCAUAGCUCUGCUUCAUAACAAGUACAUAAACCAAAUGCCAUAAAAUGUAUUCAACUCUAGUUGGAAACCGUUUGGAAUUUUUGUUCGUUGUCCAGUAGGUAAGCUGGAUGACCCGUGGUGCUGACCUUUUUACAUAUUGUAGUGUUAUAUUAGCCAACCCCAAAGGAGCAGUGGUUUUCAAUGUUUUUACUGGCUUACGAAUCUACCUUCAUUCCGUACUGUAGAAACAUACAUACCAGGUAACUAAAUCGAAUCACUCUACCAUGAGUUAGUACUCGCACUAAAGGAAAGGGAUUUGUAGUUCUGUCUACAAAAUUCUCCAAGCAGUGUUGUGGGUUUUUUUGGUUUUUUGUUUUUGGUUUUUUUCCCUCUCUCUCUCUCUCUCUCUUUUCAAACAGCUAGUUCAGGUGCACAGCAACUUUUCUACAUGCAGUUCCCAGGGAAACUGCAGAACUUGGAAUUUGUACUUUUUGUAAAGAUAUACUCUAUGGGAAUUGCAAGCAAUAUCUCUAUCUUAGUAUUGUGUGUGCUCACGAGAGCAGUGGCUCCCCCACUCUCAGUGUUUCCUGCUUAAAGAAACCAACAGUCCAAAAGCCCUCUACGAUACUCUGUGUGUCACCAAAUCUGUGUGUGUCACCAUUUUUUUGGUCACGUGGUGCUAUUUCUAUGUUCUGUAUCUUUUAGGUCAGUAUAGUUGUAGAAAAUGUGAAGUCUAACGGUCAUAGUGAAUUACAGGUUUUUUUUCCCCUCUCUUGAGUUUGUAGCUUGAAGAGAGACCUCAAAAUCAUGCGCUGGCAAACACAUUACUGUACGAGAACACGCCUGAGUCCUAUUUGAGUAACGUUCUGUGAGCGCUUUAGGAGAUGUCUUCAGUUCUGUGUUUUGUUUACCCGUGUGCUCCUAGUAAACCCAACGGGCUUGCCGAGAUUUCUUCGGGCCGUGAACUCCCCCGGAGGAGUCUCGUCAGCAGUCGGACGGCGCGUUUGUGCCGCAGGCCGCCCGCGGAAUCUCUGCGCGAGAGCCUUGGCCCUGAGACUCGCAGCCCGUGUGUCUCAACGGGGGAACAGCACAAACCACCUAAAAGCAACACAGACACGGGAAAGACCAACCUCAGAGGCUAGGAGUUAAAGGAAUGCAAAAAUAGACGUUUGCUGGUUUUCCAUGCUUUUUUGGCUCUUAAAAUAAAUACCAAGAGUGGCGGGGGUCCGGGGGGCGGGGUGUUCCGGGGAGGUUUUUGUUUCGUUUCGCUUUGUUAUUUCGAGAAAAGAAAACCAUCCGGGCCCUUGUGUGUGAUGGCCCCCGGGGGUGGGAGCCGUGCGGUAGCAUCUCGUUGGCACCCAGGAUCUCUCUGUUCCCGUGUGAGCCGCUGCGCCACGCGUCAGUGUUACGACGGACAGAUCACACUCUAAUCCUGCUGCUCCCGAGGAGCAGCUUUUGCUAAAUCGGGUAUACGGUAUGCCUUUUCCUGUCAAACUGCCUAAGUAAGGGGUGCGUUCUCUCCCUGAAGCACUUGCUCAACUCCUGUCAAAGCCGCGUGCCUCAAGGGGAGGCUGGACCCCAAGUGUUUACCCACUUAAAUAUGUUCUGGGGUUUCAGGUAAAUGUUUGUGAUUUUUUUUUUUUUUCCUUACAUGAGUAAGCUUGGUUUUGAUUUUUCUUUUCAAGAAUUAAAUGCAAAAAAUUUGUGUGGUGAUACAAAUUAAGUUUGUGACAAGAAAUGCCCAAAUCAAGGACAUGAGAGGUCAGGCUCAGGGAAGGAACCUCCUUUUCACUCAGGCUUGGGGCCUUCUGAGGGGUCUCCAGAGCAUUCCGUGAUAGGUGAGACAAGUCAGGAGGGGAGAGCACUUGGGGCAGGUACCUCGAAUAUCCUAGUUCUUGUCAUUGUGUCCGUCUUAACCUUAUUUACAUGGAGUUCUUUGUAUUUGUCAAUUUGUUUAACUGGUUUGAGUUUACCAAAGAGUGACUUAUCCAAAAUUGUCUUUGACAAAACUAUACAUUGCUUUGAUUGUACAGUUCAGGUUCAGACAUUGUAAUGGGACUGUUAAGGGGCAGAAAAUUGAUUGAGUUUCUCUCUAAUAACCAUGAUUCCACAUCUUGCAAGUUCCACUUGCCUCCCAUUCAUGUUGCUAACACUUUACCCUUUCCACUGCUAGCAGUGUUAAGAAUGAAUUCUCAAGCCAUAACCCAGUACUGUAAGGUUCCACAGGGCUUCGAGGAGGCAGAGCGGAGGCCAGCGCAGAGCUGGGCAGCCUCUCUGAGCGAGCACGCCGUCGUGCUUCUCAGUGUGCGUGGCGGGUGGAAGGUUAACUCCAUUCAGAUCGGGCAGCAGCAAUUAAUUGUGCCUUGUCACAUGAGGACGUGCCAGGAGGAUGAACAUGGCCACAGAACAGAAACAUUCUCUCCCCGAAGGUCCCUUCACGUCUCCGCAGACGAAGUUCGCUGUGUAACUCCUGAGAGCAACUCUUUUUGGAAAGCAAAGUCCCGAUUUCUGUACAGUUUUAGGUUAGAUGUUUCAUUUAUAACAAAUGCAAAAGUCAAUUAAGAUAGAAGUGAUAUGUGAAGAAAUCUUUUACAGCAAAACAUAUCCUGAAUUCAUAUAGGUCUGUUCAUAAUUGAGUCUCUUCUCGAGCUACCUUUCCCAAUACGUAGACAAUGUGAAGACAGUGACGGCGUCCUUUCUAGGUGUUUCACCUGUUACUACAAACUGUGAAAACAAAGGAUUUUAUACUUUUACUAAUGUUUGUGGUUUUAAACAGUUGUUUUCAUUCUAAUCAGUUCUCUCCCCUCUAAUUUCUACUAAAGCUGUAAAUACAUUUAGAAAUUAUAUUUGUAAAUACAGCAUAUGAAGACAAGUUAAUUUUUUGGUCAGUGGAAAGCCUCCCAAUUGGCUCUGCCUUGGCAGUUUUGUUUUUUUGUUCGUGUGUGUGUGUGUGUGUGCGCACGCGUGUGUGUGUUUUAACAGCAGAAAGGAUACUGUCGGUUCACUGUUAAGCAGAAUAUACUGUAGAACUAAAUUGAUAAUUUUCCAGCUUCCAGAGCAUGAGUAGAUGUCUUUUCUCAUGAUAGCAGUUAUAACCAAGUCUUUGUUUUUCCCUUAGCCCAGACCAUAGGCCUGCAUAUCUUUGUGUGUGGUUUUUGUUUUUACUUUUAUUUUUCCAGCCUAGACUCUAGGAAGAACUUGCAGGAACACAAAACAAGGGCUGGGGGAGGGGGAGGGGGUGGGAAUCAUCUACGUGAAUGAGCUUUACUUUAAAGAAAUCAAUGUAUUUUAUUUUAACAACUUUUUCUAUUAGUUACUGUGAUUUUUGUUGUUGUCUUUGUUAUUGUUAAAUUCUGUAAUGGUUUCCUGUGAAGCCUCCACUGAAAGGGACUCAAAUAUGCAACACCUAAACUAUUUUCCAAGGGCACACGCCCCUUGAAUGGUGCUUCUAGACUGGUCAGGGUUAUUUAUUAAAUUUUAUAUAUGAAAGUAUUGGGGAAUUAUGUAAAUUCUUUAUAUGAAACUAUCUAGUUCAUAAAUCAUAGAUUUCAUAUUACUCAGUGCAACUGAACUGAACGUUCAGAAGAGUCAUUCACAUUGUUCCAAAUUUGUAAUGGUUGUCGCACGUCACAUACGUCUUCUUCAGUAAGUGCCAGAGUGUUUCCACUGUUUCUGCCCGGUGCUCGACUUCUCGGCCCGGAAGAGGACCUUGUUUUCCCUGGUUCCCCUCUGGGCCUGGCACACAGGGCUCCUGUAGUUCUUGGUCAAGUCCUGGAGCGAGCCCUGCCGCAGACGCAGUAACCAGACCUCUUGCUGCCCCUCAGUGACAAGUAUGCUGUGAAUUCAACCUUUGGACUUGCUGCCCAAGCCUUUGGUUGCUGCCCUGACUAUAGUAAGAGGUAAACUUACCUGGUUUCUUUGAGAAUGACCAUUUUCCUAAUGUGAAAACCAUCUCUCUCACCACUUUUAUUAGUAGGGCUAACAUUUUUUUCCGUUAUAAAUGGUUGAGCAAUUUGAAUGACUUAACACAGUGUCAUUAUCUUGCAAUAUAAACUGGUAACCUCACAAGCCCACACUUCAUCACCAUAUGAAGUAAAUGAAGCUAGCUAAGCGGAUGCUGUAUCAACUAGUAACUUGCCAUUAAGGAUUAUUUUAUAGCAUGAAUUUAAGACUAUUUAUUCAAAUGAUAUUUUACUCUUGUAUUCAUUUUGUUUUAGAUUUGUGACAUGAAUAUUUCAGUGCUGCUUAAUUUUGUUCUGAAUUCUUGUUUCUUGCUUGUAAAUGGCUUUUUUAUGGUAUAAAGUCAAUGGAAAUUGCUGUUUGUAAAUAAAAAUGCUGCUAGAGCAAA